AUGCCUGCUUUCCUCCCGCUCUCCCUCGUCCUCGACAUCGUCGACCGCUCGCUCACCCGCGACUUCUUCGACGAUGACUGGGCCGCUUGCCUCGCCAGGCUCGCGAAGCUGUGCCGCGUGUGCAAGGCUAUGCGAGACCUCGUCAAGCCCGUCCUGUGGACGACAGUGCGCUUCAAGUCGACUCGCCAACUCGCCAAGCGCCGCCCGCCGCAGAAGGCGAACCGCGCAACUCGCCAGCUUUACAAGGGCGUCAAGGGGUUUGUUGGUGCGGGGCCUUGCUGCAGGAGGGUCGACCGCACGGACGAGAAGGCUGCUCAAAUCAUUCGCCUCUACUUCCCCAACGUCGAGGUCGUCCAGUUGAGGGGGUUGGGGAGGGGAGCGGUCUCGAUGGCGGCGUUCGCUUCGUUCUCCAACCUCUACGACCUCACGCUCGAGAACUACCACAUCCAGGAGAUCCAGCCCAACCUCGUCCUGCCCAACAUCAAGACGCUUUCGCUUGUCAGAAUCUUUGCCCUCGACGAGACGCUCGUCAAGCUAUUCAGCUCACGCUGCACACCCAACCUCAAGUACACCUUUCUCAGCAGGUUCAAGUUUAUGGACGAAGCCCACGAUGCCGAGACGUACAUGCCGCUCGCCAAGCUCGACCUUGGCCGCCUCGACGCCGUCCAGAUCGACCCUUCGCACCUCAUUAUCCUGCCGCAGGACCUGCGUCAGCCCGAGGGCCCUUGCGGCACGCGGACGAAGCUCCUCCUCUCCUGGCAGGCGCCGACGACUCGCUUCCACCCAACCGGCGAGCUUCCCGAGUACUUCCAGCUCAACAUUCCCGACGGAGUCUACACCGACAAGUCGCUGGCGCCGUACUUCGAAGCGAUGGUGCGCAACAUCGCCUACUCGAUUGAAGAUGACUGCGGCUUCGAGGCAGUCUUCCUGCCAGAACGCCUGCGCUCGCCAGCCAACCUCAACCCCUGGCUUAGGCCCUCGGUCAGAUUCUUCCUCCAGACUUGCUUCGACUUCUUUGUCCCGGUCGUCUUCUACCGCGGCGGAUCCGACGCGUCGUCGACCAUGUCGGCAAAGUUCCUCGACUACAUCCGCUCGCCGACGGAAGACGAGAACCCGCUCGCUGUCGAAGCCAAGCUUGGCGCGCUCGUCUCGGAGGAGCCGAGUAGAUGGACCAAUGUCGUUGGCCUCGAGGUCGAGGAGAGGGAAGACGAGGAGGAGGAGAUCCAGGACGAGAUUGCUGCGAUGGCGAGGGAUUUCGUCGACCAGAUCGUCAACUUGCCCGGGAACGGUCCUGUCGUUGUGUACAUCAACAUUUGA